AUGGCCCAGCCAAGGCUGACGGUCCGCGACUAUCAUGUUGGCUGGAUUCGUGCCAUUGCCGUCGAGUGUGCCGUGGUGAGUUCCCAAGAACGUCGCUCUGGAGGGGUUCUGCAAUAUGACUAUGGGAAAACAAUCCAAAAUCGACAGUUUGAAGUAACAGGGUCCCUUGACAAAUCAUCUCGCCUCAUGCUACAGGCAUUGCAGAAGCUCAGUGUCCAACAUGAACGCAGGGGCCAUGCAAUCGCUCAGACCAUUGAGUUGAUGACGAACAAGAGUGCUCGACUUCGGACGAGAUAUUGA